UAAAGUAAAGAUCGGACCUGGGCAAAAUAUGGUGCAUGGCCAACUCAUCUUUACUUCACCUUUGCCACUGCAAUGAACCCUCCUGCAGUGACAAGUUAGACUAUAUGGAAUACGACAUAAACAAUCAGCUUAAUGACACUGGCUCCAUGUGACACUUUAUUUAUUUGCACCUUAGGAAGGUUGGCCGACUGGGAUUUGACCUUAGGGAAAUACUUUGUAGAUUCUAUUAGAAAUACACAAUAGAUACACUCUAAUUGCAUUAUAGUGCUACUUCCACUGACUGUAAAAGGCCGUUUGUCAACCCGUUCCCCAUUGAGCACACACCCGUCAGUUACACUGACUUCACACUUUACACAACUUCAAACAUCCGUCCUUACACUUACACCACCUGCCUAACUGUCACGUACCUCACUGCCACUCCUACGUACACCCUCAUACAGAUUUGUCAGUUACCUCUCACUGUAGCUGAAGUUCUUUUACGGAAGCUUCAACGUGGAAGUUUACACAUUACACUGGAUGGAUUGGAAAAAUGACCCACGUUGUGGACAGCAGAUGUCCAUUUAUAGGUGGAAAAUGUUAGUGUGCAUUUCAGAUGUGAAGAAGGAAUUCUUUGUUUGUGAUAAAGUUACUGUUUUGUUUCUAACGCUGAAAAAUUAACUACAGACAUUUUGCCCCAAACCACUGACAACCAAGCCACUACACAACAAAGAUGUGUUGUUGUAGGUGACUUUUUUACGUAGACUCCCUCCUGAAGGCCUCCUUUCAGAAGAGUGCUUUUGUACUUUUCAGUUCUCUGAUGGUUUAUCUUCUCUGGCAGAAACCUAAACAGCAGCAGUACUGAUGUAUCUGCCUGUCACUGCUGCUGUUGGGUUGUUCUAAAGGUCGUCAUCAUCCUCCUAAGAGUUAUGCACAGCCCAUAUGUACAAGUUGAAACCACUUCCUCCUACAUCACACAGUCAGGAUGUUCACCCAUGUUCUUCUUCUUUGUCUUUCUCUCCAUGUCUGGUGUGCGGCUCAAGUUCCAGACUGCAGUGAUGAGAGGAGUUGGUUUGUCAUGACGGGUCAGGACUUACGUCUGAAUGUCACGGCUCCUGUCGUCCUGAGUAGACGUGAUCUGUUUAGAUGGACGUUCAACAGAACAUAUUUUAUAGUAACUAUUUUUGAUGAUAAUGAUACAGAACAAGGUGACAGUUAUACAGACAGGGCCUUCAUUUCUGCAGAAAACAAGUCACUGCUUUUAAAGAACACACAAAACAAUGACAGUGGACUGUACCGUGCUGAGCUUCAAACAAGACGUAAAAUAAAGUGUUUGGUUCAAUACCAGGUCAUGGUCCAAGACAUGGUGUCGAGACCAAAUCUGGUCGUCACCCGUGUGUCCAGCAGCUCAGCUCACUGUGACCUGAAUGUGACCUGCAGCACAGCAGACUCUGAGCUCAUCACCAACUCUGUUUCAUGUAACUCCAGUGACUGCAGUCUGCAGGAGACAGAGACAUCCAGGGACACAGUCUCUGGUGCUGUCCUUAGUCUCUUCCUGUCACAUGACAACUUAGUUGUAUGUCAGCUCAGCAACAAUGUCAGUCAGCGAAGAAUUACAGAAGAAAUCCUUCAGCUCUGCUUCACAGACAGUGGUUCCAGAUUCUUCAUCAUUAUUGGAUCUGUUGUUGGGGUCACUGUGGUGAUUUGCCUUGUUGUCAUUUUCAUCUUAUUUUACAGGAAACAUAGACCAGCUACUGCAACAGCUGGAAAUACGAUUUAUGAAGUUCCUCAGAUUUUCCAGAGUCCAAUCUCAUCCAGGCCUGAGAAUCCCAAAGAACUUGACACAGUCUAUGCCACAGCGGAAUGGCCUAAGGAGGCAGCCACGCCGACAGUAGAGACACUGUACGGCAAAGUCACCAGUUACAGAAGAGUCGACUGAGUCACAAGGACAAAUUCUACAAAUUGACAAAUUUUCACAAAUGUCAAAACAAACACACGACCAACAUGGUGACA